AUGCCGCAGGACAAGCGCCUGAUUGUCACCAAGGCGGUGCUGUAUAAGCUGCAGCGCGUCUGCGCAGAGGAGGGAAGCCGUAGUAGCGGUGGCGCAGACCAGGAAGGCAUCUAUCUCGAGUUCAUCCUGCCUUUCGUCAUCACCACGCAGUGCCCGCAGCUGGUGCGUGGCCACCGCUUCCACUUGCCACAUCGCGUGUACGCCGCCAAUGGGCGAACCACAUGCCUGAUCGUCCCCAAGGUCAUCUCGCAUGACUGCGGUAAAAUCAACAAGCGGCACGGCUACUACGACGCGGUGGUGACGGCCGAAGCAAUCUGCAAGCGUGGCGACGCCGAGGCAACGAAGAGGGCACUCCGCGUCGCGGCCACGUUCAGCCAUUUCGUAGUGGAUUCCCGCAUAGAGGCGAAGCUGCCGAACGCCAUCACGGAAUCGGUGAAGGCUAGCGUCUCCUCAGCAGCUGCGACUUUCAGUUCCGCACCUAACUCGGCAGUGCGCUGCCCGCACAAAAUGAUAACUCCGCUGGACGGCCUCGACGAGCGCGAGACGCUGAGCUUCCGUCUCUCGCAAGGCUCCACCGCAGGGCUGGUGGAAUGGCAUAAACAGGGUCAGCUCCUCUUCCGCGUCGGUCACGGCGGCAUGACGGCCGGUGCGGUGUGCGAGAACGCAAAGGCGUUUGUCGUCUCACUCAAGAAGGAGUUUCCGACGGUGUGGAAGUACAUUCAAGAGUUUUCGCUGGUGUCGAACCGAACAGAGCGAAUCCGUUUCAUGGAGGUGCACAUCGCCAAAUGA